CUGUCACACGCUCCUAACCUUUGCAAUAUAUUCCACACCAUUCAAUGAGUAUGGUUUCUAAAAAAUAUAAAUCCGCGACAAAUUAAUAAUAGUAGUUAAUAUUAGUUGAUAUUUACGAAACAACAAUUUACAUAUUGACAAGUAUAAGACACUUUAACAGUUGUGGACAACGGAUGUGUAAUAAUUCGAAGAGAAAUUCAAUUUUUACAUUUUGAUAACCAAAAAAGAUUUUUUUUGAAUAAUUGGUAUGAAAAUCAAUUAAGUAGACGAAAUAAGUGUCGAAUCACUGAAUUUUAAGUGUUUUAUGUAUUCAAACAAUCAAUUGUGAGCAAAAAACAGACAUAGUAGGCACACAAUAAAACGCUUACGUGUCGCCUAAUUUUACAGAUAAAAAUUAGUGCUUCGGGUUCUCAUUACAAAUUCUAUCAAGGCAACUUGUCCACAUAAAUGAAACAGUUAUCACUAUAAUGAGCACAAAUAAGAAUCCAGCCAUUUUGCAUACAAAUCAACAAGAGCAGCAGUACAACAAUCAACUGUACCAACAACAUGCUUUCAACAUGCAAAGAAGUGUGGACGGUGUUGGAUAUCAACAUAGCUAUCAGCCAUCGGCUGGUACACAGCCCAUGCCACUGCAACCGAAUCCGAUUCGAUCGAAUCCACAACAGCAACAACAACCACAGGAUGUGAAAAUGCAACAUCAAUUAACACAGCAUAACGCUACACACAGAUUUAGUAUGUCGAACCAGAAUACGUAUCGUAGUUCACAGCAGCAACCUCAAUUACAACAGCAGGUGCGUGUUAAUCGUCCCACCCAAAUAUUCCAACCAAGUACAUAUGUGGUGCAGAAUUAUCCACGUCCAUAUUAUCAACCAUACCAACCACAACAGUAUAUUCCCGGAGUGCCGACAGCAUUUUAUACGAUUCCGAAUCGACCCUAUAUGAAUCCGGCUAUUCAACCGAAUCCAUCGAAUUUGGUACCGACAGCUACUCCACCGCCUCUGCAGCAGACAAUUAUUUCACCAAUGCCCGGGCCAGCAGUUCCAAUAAAUCAAUCAAAAAAUCGUUCACGUGCGGUGAAAAUAAUCAAUCCAGACACGAAAGAAGAGGUCAAAGUGGGCAACGAUGAUUCGACAGCCGCUUCCAAUGAAGAGCCGAAACAUAUUCAAAUGGACAAACAUUACGAAAACGAAACGGGUUAUAUGACCGAAUAUAAUCCCUACGUGGAUACACAGACUCCAGUUGUGUCCGCAAUGUCGGACGGGCCAUCGGUGGAAAUUUCUCACAAGCAAAAAGUAAAAAAGAAGAUAGCUGAAGUGGUUGAAGAUAUACCGGUACCGGAAGAACUGGUAGAUGAUGAUGUUAAUGGUACUGUUGCGAGCUCGGUUCUGCAAACGACUGCAGUCGAAUUCCAACCAUCAAAACCACCACCGGUGAUUAUACAGCCACGGGAAGAGAUGAAAAACGACGAAAGUAAUUUAUUUGGUACAGUGGUUGAAACAUUGACUAAUCAAAAUCAUGUUGAAGAUGUCUCAGAUGAUUAUGGAACCGUUGAAUUGUUGAACCAGGAAGUGGCUCAUGAUGAACCGGAAAUUGAGUCCCAGAUUGAGCCGAUCAGCAGCUUAACAAUAAAAUCAACUGAUGAGCCUGAUAAAUCCUUUGACGCUCUGGUUCCAGAUGAAAUUGAAUACAACGCUGAGAUGGUUGCCGAAUUCAAGACCGCUUCAACACCAAACGUUGACGAGGUCAUCCAGGGAACAGAGGAUGUAUCCUACGAUUCCAUUUCGUCCGACGACAACAUCAGCAAGGAUAAGAACGAAGACCCACCACCACCACUACAAGAAACAAAAACGAAUCCAAUGUCGGUCAUUGUAAAUCAAAGAAUGAAUUCAUUGGCCAACACCGGCUUUGGUAACGCUAUAAUGGAAGAAUUAAAAGCAGGUCAAAUUGCACAACAAUCGGCUCAAUUAGCCCAGCAAGCGUCUCAACAACAGGAACAACCAAUUAAACGUGCUGCAUCGAAAAGUCAAACACUGCUUCAAUAUGAACAAGGUCAAUGGUCACCAUCGAAUGCUGACGGUAAAAAGUUUUACAAUCGCGAUCAAAUGCUUGCCUUACGCGCCCAUCCCGCAUCCCAAACGGAACCAGCAAGUCUGUUAAACGCAAUUCGUGCUCCAUCAAAAUAUGUGCAACAAUCGGGCGGCGGCGGAGGAGGCUAUAAUAAGCAAGUACAGCGUCAAGGUAGUGGAUUUGUUAAACGUCCAUCACAAAACACUCAACAAAGCAACAUCGGCAAUACCAAUAAGGGCAGUAAAUCGGGAAUAAUUCAUGUAAGCUUAUCGCUUCACGAAGAUGUCAAACUGAACGAAACGGAAAACGCGUGGAAGCCAUCAUUCAUUGCAAAAGAUACCAACGAUGCCGCGGCAUCCAAUGAUAUAUUGUAUAAACGCGUCAGAGGCAUUUUGAACAAGUUAACACCGGAAAAGUUUGAUACAUUGUUGGAUCAAAUAAAAAGUUUCAAUAUCGAUACAGCGGAACGCUUGAACGGUGUCAUUGAAUUGGUAUUUGAAAAGGCCAUAGAUGAACCCAAUUUUUCAGUUGCAUAUGCUCAACUAUGUCAUAAAUUGUCGGAAAAAUGCUUUGCAGUCGAUGCUGAUGCGAAGCAAGCUAAGUUCAAGAAGACUUUAAUAACAAAAUGUCAGAACGAAUUCCAAAAUCAUGUGAUUGUCGAUGAAGCAAAAGUAGCUGAGAAAUUGCAACCACUAUUACAGAAAAUUGAAGGAGCCAACGAUCCGGAUAGAAAAGCAGAAUAUCAGGCCAAUUACGAAGAAGAGGAGCGAAAGUUGAGGCGACGAUCAGUUGGGACUGUUCGUUUCAUCGGUGAAUUAUUUAAAAUGGGUAUGUUGACGCCAAACAUAAUGAUGACAUGCGUUUCCUCGUUAUUGGAUCGAAAUUCCGAAGAUAAACUCGAAUGCCUCUGUAAAUUGUUGACGACAAUUGGUGCCCGUUUGGAAGACAAGAAAAAUAAUCUUGGUGACUACUUCCGUCAGAUGAAAGAGAUUGCCGAUAAGAAAAAUCAGAACACUAGAAUCAGUAGCCGGGUGAGAUUUAUGAUUCAAGACGUCAUUGAUCUGCGAAAAAAUAAUUGGAUUCCUCGGCGGGAAACGGCGAAUCCGAAGAAAAUGGGUCAGAUCCAGAAAGAGGCUGAUGCCGAGCAAAGUAAUAUCCAAUUGUUAAAUUUCAAUCUCUCUAGUGGGGGAAGAGGUGGUGGUGGUGGUGGCGGCGGCGGUGGUGGUGGUGGUGGCGGUGGUAAUCGUGAUCGUGAUCGUUUGUUCACACCAAAGUCUGGUAAUCGUGGUGGAAUAACAAAUGAGGAUGGAUGGAUGACACCUAGCACCAAAUCACGUAGCUUAAUAGAUCCAUCAAAAAUAAAACUCAACAAAAUCGAUGAUUCAACGCAAUUGGGCACAGCCGCUCAGUUUAAAUGGUCGGGAAAUUCGAAUACUCAGCCGACAACCACCCAGACAACAAAUAGUUUUUCGAUCCUAGAGGGAACACGAAGCGGUUCGAUGGGAGGCAACAAAGACACAUAUUCCAAAGGAUCAAUGGAUCGUUACGACAGCCGUGGUGGAAGUAAUUCUCGCAGUGGUUCUCAACAUGGUUCCAGAGAGAAUUCAGCAGCGCGUUCAUCUUACCCUUUGAAACCCAUGCCACCUAGAGUAGCGAGCCAAUCUAUGACUAUGAUGCCAAUAGUAACACGACCAUCGGAACGGCCACCACAAACCAUCAUACAACGCGAUGAACCGGAUGAAGACAAAAUGAAUCGAAUAAAGGUGAUUGCAAACGAAAUACUUCUGUACCACAAUCGAGGGGAAAUGAAACUAGAAUCAUGCUACUAUGAAACCGAAUUGGAACCGGAAAAGUAUCGCUGGGCAAUAGUACGUGAAUUAUACAAUGCUUCCGUUGAUAUGCAUCAAUUAAAAUCGUCAGACCGUGUAUUUGCUGGCCAGGCUGUUAGCAGCUGGAUUAAUCGGAAACUGAUCACCGUUGAUGAUAACCUACGAGCUUUAAAAGAGUUUUUGGAACCUGCGCUUGAUUUGGUUUGUGAUGUUCCAAUGCUUUGGCUGUAUGUAGCUGAAUUCAUCACUCCAAUAAUCAAAAAUAAUUCACUAUCGCUGGUUCAACUACGUAGCGCAUGCCCCGACGAGUAUGCAAUGCAACAACUUCUACAGAACCUUAUUCCGUAUGCAAUGACUGAACAUGGACCGCAAUUCGUUCGCAACUUAUUUAAAGUGUGUAAAUGGUCGGAUUUAAUAGGCGAAAAAGACGUUAAACAGUUUAUCAACAAAAAUAAAUUCGAAUUUGUGGAUGAUAGCUCAGUGACCGUUCAGCGAACAUCAACGGCUGCGACAAAUGUCGAACUAAUACAGCAACGCGUUAAGGAGUUUCUGCGUGACGGCGCCGAUAUAAAGAAUAUUCAAGAGUUCAUUACCGUUAAUCUAGCCCAAAUCGAUAAAGAAUUUAUUCGGGCACUGUCGACCGUUGUUGCCGAAAUUUUAAUGGAAGAAAUGCAACCAAAAUCCAUCGAAAAGAAAGAGUCGGUGGCCGUUUUAUUGUUGUCGAAGUACAUCGACGAAAACAACAGAGACAUGCAGCUGCAAUGUCUGAAUGCUAUCCUCAUAUUAAUGAUCAAAUUGGAACAUCCCAAGGACGCGCUGCGAACGAUUUUUUCUAGACUGUAUGACGAUUAUGUGGUGUCGAAGGAUGUAUUUGAGAUGUGGCGUGAUUCAAAGGAAAUGUUAGAAGGUAAAGGUGUAGCUGUGUCGAAUUUACGACAAUUUUUCGAGCUACUUGAAAAAGAAGGCAGUUCAGGGGAGGAGGAUAAUAAUUAGUAUAGAACUGAACUUAUAAAUAUUGUAUCUAGCUACUAUAACGUAGCAAAUAGGUUUAAAUAAAGACAACUUUGUUUAUGCCAAAUGA